UUGAUAGUGGGAAUAUCCCGGGCGCUCCAGCAGUUCCGACUUGCAACUAGCGUGCUCAGGAACGCUACCUCCCUCCCUCCCUCCCUCCCAUUGAGAAGUGGCCAGCGGCCGUCAUGCAAUACCAGCACCCCGGCCCCUCCGCCAUGAGUGUGAACCUGCCGCUGUACGCGCCCACCCCGAUGCAAGCGGUGCAUCCAACACCCUUCUACAUCGACGACAUCUUGGGUCGCAACGGGACUUCUCACGUCGCCCCAGUCACCCUCGGACCGGCCCUGCCGUCCCCUAAUUCCUCCUUCACCACCAUAGCUUCCCCAUACCGGACUCCAAUCUACGAGCCGACUCCAAUCCACGCCGCCUUUCACCAUCCAGCCUUGGCACCGUACGGCAGCAACGCCUUCUCCGGACCCUUGUACCCCUUUAGCAGGACGGUGAACGACUACACGCACGCAUUCCUCAGACAAGACACCCUGGGAAAGCCCUUGAUAUGGAGUCAUUUUAUUCAAAGGCCGCCGCACAAAAGGAAGGGAGGACAAGUUCGAUUCUCAAACGAUCAGACUAUUGAACUGGAAAAGAAAUUUGAGACCCAGAAGUAUCUUUCACCCCCUGAACGCAAAAGACUUGCCAAAAUGUUGCAACUCAGUGAGAGACAGGUGAAGACUUGGUUUCAGAACCGUCGUGCCAAGUGGCGGCGAUUGAAACAGGAAAACCCUCAAGGAACCAAAAGAGAAGAAUCGGACAAUUCGGAUCAAUCCAUCGAAAGCCAAUGUGAGAAGGGCCGGGAGAGACGCCUGAGCCCCGAUCAGAAUAAAGCAAUUUUACUCAACGGGUCCCAUUGUUCGACGCCCCCAGCUUUUCGGCAAAAUGAAUCCGAAGUGUCGGAGGAUAGCGACGAAGAAGUGAACAUCGACGACGAUAGAAGUACUUAUCCUGUAAAUGCACAAUAAAACCUAUAGGGACACAACUCGGUUGGCGAAUGGAAGGAUAGUGGUUUAUCCUUGCACUUUACUGGGAAGCGGACUGGUAGGUAGGAUCUAUUUCCUAAAGCCACGAGAAUGUACAACGCGCCAACCCCCAGAACCUUUUUAAAGAAAGGAUAGAAUUGGGUCAAUGUUCAAUGAACGGCCCCAUAUGCUAUUGGCCUUUAAACGAGAUUGGAUGAAGGGUUGUGUUUGACUCAGAAUAGCAAGUGGUUAUUAUAUUUAUGUACAGGAAGUAAUUUUUGAAAUUGGAAUAUUUUAAUACUUGUGUAUAGAACGUGCCUUUGUAAUAUUCCAUUUUAUAUGAAAGUUGUGAGAAUAAGCAAAGAGUGGAGUAAGUUAUACAACCACACAAGGCUGUGGCAACCUUGUAUCUGACCGGUAGCUUUCAGUAAAUCUUGGUCCCUCCUUAUAUACCUCAUAUCCCACAAGUAUUCUGUAGAUUAUAAUUUGUAAAUACAUGUUUGGUUGAAACGCAUUAAUAAAUGCAGAAAGUAACACAAAA